AUGGACCGACGGGAAAGCUAUCAAGUCCUGAACAGGGAGUUAAUUAUCAAAGUGAGAGAUUUGCGUAAUGAAAAUUACCAGCUGCGAAACACUCUGCGGGCUGUGAUGAAGGAAAAUCUCGAAUUGAAGGAUAAACAGAGUGAUGUGAAGCAAAAGACGCUGCAAAAAUUCACCCAAAUCUCGGAAAUUAUGCAAAAUUUCGCCGUGGAACUCUAUAGUGGCCCCACUGGGAAUGAAGUGCAGGAAGAGAUAAGUAAGCUUCGGUACUCCCUGUCCAGGAAUGUCACUCCAUUGAGUACCUGCAGCCCGGAGAAGAUUCCCGGAAAGCCCGCGGUCUUUGUCAAUGCGAGAAGCAGGAAUGUAGUGAAGAAAUUGACGGAUGAAGUGCUUCCGGAAGCUAGUGGAGUUGAUGGGCUUAUGGAUAUGUCCCUUGAGGAUGUACAGGUGUGGCUCAAUAGCGAUGACAUCGAAGGGAAGGCAACUGAUGAGAUUCCCCCAAUCACAGAGGAAGCUCAGCAAGAGGAGAAGAUUGAGGAAGCUCAGCAAGAGGAGAAGAUUGAGGAAGCUCAGCAAGAGGAGAAGAUUGAGGAAGCUCAGCAAGAGGAGAAGAUUGAGGAAGCCCAGCCUGCUUGCCAGGAUGGAGAGAUGCUUUACAAAAAUAUGUCAACAAUUGCCGAAGAAAGUACCCAAAUCUCCAGCAUUGGAACAUCCCCGAGCUCCCAUUCAUUGCUUCAUGUCACCAAAUUUGCCUCCAGUACACCUCACUGUGGCCAGAAAGCCCCCAAUCAGGUCACCAGUUUGGCUGUGUCUCCAAUUCUAUUCAAUGGAUGCACAAAUAGCGCCCCAACGCUCCGGAAAUCCCCUAUUGGAGCUGUUUCUGAUUUCUCCAACGCCCCAUCGUGCUCCACAAUUUGCCAGAAAGAUCCCGAAGAACUUCCAAAGGUUACCACGCGUAGAGGAAAGAAUUUCAUGAAGGAUUUUUGUUUUGAGGGCUUUGAGGAGGAAUCAAAUGUUGUCUCAACGAAGGAAGUGCAUCCAACUCUCGAAUCCAGCUCAGAACCUUCUUCAACUGAUGAAAACCAUGGACGUACAAAGGUAACGGUUCGGAGAGGAAAUCGAGCAGGAAGGAAUGUCGUGAACUACGAAGAGAAGGACGAAUUGGAGGCAGAACUGGAAGAGAACAAAAAGGAAGAUCAGGAAGCAGGAGAGGUGGAAGAAAAUCAAGGUGGGGAGAGUGAGAACGCUGGCCAGAAGACAGAUGAAGAGCCAAAGAAGAUAACAAUGCGACAGAAGCCGCGGGCAGUCAAAAAUCCUUCUCCGGAAGUUCAGAAAACAGCAGAAAAUGAGGGCGAUCGCAAUGAAAAUCUCAGAGAUGACUCAAAAGCUCCGGAAACAGAUGAAGAAGUCACUGUGGCCAGGGGGAAGCGUUCAAAGAAGACUCCAGUUGUGCGUCAGAGGACAAAGCUGGGAGAUAGGACGAAUCUCACAGAGAGCCCAGCUGAAUGUCCCAGACCGAUCAAAGUGGAGACAUUUGAGGAUAUUAUGGAACCUCUACGGCCCAAGAGGCGUGCUGCUCCUUCGAAUCUUGCUGAACCGCGAUUGGGCACCAAACUUCGUCGGACUUAG